AUGGGUUACCCCUCCCCUCUGGGCGGCUCCGAGCACGCCUCCAGCCCCGUGCCCUCCAACGGCCCCUCGGGCAGCUCCGCCGGCGGCUCCGGCGCCGCCCUGGACGGUUCGGGUUCCGACUCGCCCGCCCUGGGCCGGGGCCCUUCGCCCUUCAACGCCGCCCAGCUGCACCAGCUGCGGGCGCAGAUCAUGGCCUACAAGCUGCUGGCGCGGGGGCAGCCCCUCCCCGAGCACCUGCAGGUGGCCGUGCAGGGCAAGCGGCCGCUGCCGGGGAUGCAGCCGCAGAUCCCGGCUCUACCUCCGCCCGCCGGGGCCGCGCAGGGCCCGGGGCAAGCGCCCGGAGCGGGGCCGGCGCCGCCCGGCUACUCCAGACCUCACGGAAUAGGAGGGCCCAACAUGCCCCCUCCUGGACCCUCAGGAGUUCCCCCAGGAAUGCCAGGACAGCCCCCAGGGGGACCCCCCAAACCCUGGCCCGAAGGCCCGCUGUCGGCGGCGGCCCCGGGCGGGGCCCCCCAGAAGCUGCUGCCGCCCCCCCCCGCCGGCCGCCCGUCCCCGGUGCCCCCCGCGGUGCCGCCGGCGUCGCCCGGGCCCCCCCCGCCCUCGCCGGGGCAGCCGGCGCCGCCGGCGCUGCCCAUGCACGCCAAGCAGAACCGCAUCACCCCCAUCCAGAAACCGCGCGGCCUCGACCCCGUGGAGAUCCUGCAGGAGAGGGAGUACAGGCUCCAAGCCCGCAUCGCCCACCGCAUCCAGGAGCUGGAGAACCUGCCCGGCUCCUUGGCCGGAGACCUGAGGACCAAAGCCACCAUCGAGCUCAAGGCCCUGAGGCUGCUCAACUUCCAGCGCCAGCUGCGCCAGGAGGUGGUGGUGUGCAUGCGGCGCGACACGGCGCUGGAGACGGCGCUCAACGCCAAGGCCUACAAGCGCAGCAAGCGGCAGUCGCUGCGCGAGGCCCGCAUCACCGAGAAGCUGGAGAAGCAGCAGAAGAUCGAGCAGGAGAGGAAGCGCCGCCAGAAGCACCAGGAGUACCUCAACAGCAUCCUGCAGCACGCCAAGGACUUCAAGGAGUACCACCGGAGCGUCAGCGGCAAGAUCCAGAAGCUGACCAAGGCCGUGGCCACCUACCACGCCAACACGGAGCGCGAGCAGAAGAAGGAGAACGAGCGCAUCGAGAAGGAGAGGAUGAGGAGGCUCAUGGCCGAGGAUGAGGAAGGCUACCGCAAGCUGAUCGACCAGAAGAAGGACAAGCGCCUGGCCUACCUGCUGCAGCAGACCGACGAGUACGUGGCCAACCUGACCGAGCUGGUGCGGCAGCACAAGGCGGCCCAGGUGGCCAAGGAGAAGAAGAAGAAGAAGAAGAAGAAGAAGGCAGAGAACGCCGAGGGUCAGGCCCCGGCCAUCGGCCCCGACGGGGAGCCCCUGGACGAGACGAGCCAGAUGAGCGACCUCCCGGUGAAGGUGAUCCACGUGGAGAGCGGCAAAAUCCUGACGGGCACCGACGCGCCCAAGGCCGGCCAGCUGGAGGCCUGGCUGGAGAUGAACCCGGGGUACGAGGUGGCUCCGCGCUCCGACAGCGAGGAGAGCGGCUCCGAGGAGGAGGAGGAGGAGGAGGAGGAGGAGCAGCCCCAGCCGGCCCAGCCCGCGCUGCCCGUGGAGGAGAAGAAGAAAAUUCCAGACCCCGACAGCGACGACGUCUCGGAGGUGGACGCCCGACACAUCAUCGAGAACGCCAAGCAGGACGUGGACGACGAGUACGGCGUGUCGCAGGCGCUGGCGCGGGGCCUCCAGUCCUACUACGCCGUGGCCCACGCCGUCACCGAGCGCGUGGACAAGCAGUCGGCCCUCAUGGUCAACGGCGUCCUCAAGCAGUACCAGAUCAAGGGCCUGGAGUGGUUGGUGUCCCUCUACAACAACAACCUCAACGGGAUCCUGGCCGACGAGAUGGGCCUGGGCAAGACCAUCCAGACCAUCGCCCUCAUCACCUACCUGAUGGAGCACAAGAGGAUCAACGGCCCCUUCCUCAUCAUCGUCCCGCUCUCGACUUUGUCCAACUGGGCCUACGAGUUCGACAAGUGGGCGCCGUCCGUGGUCAAGGUCUCCUACAAGGGCUCUCCGGCCGCGCGCCGCGCCUUCGUCCCGCAGCUCCGCAGCGGCAAAUUCAACGUUCUCCUCACCACCUACGAGUACAUCAUCAAGGACAAGCACAUCCUGGCCAAGAUCCGCUGGAAGUACAUGAUCGUGGACGAGGGCCACCGCAUGAAGAACCACCACUGCAAGCUGACGCAGGUGCUCAACACCCACUACGUGGCCCCGCGGCGUCUUCUCCUCACCGGGACCCCCCUGCAGAACAAACUGCCCGAGCUCUGGGCGCUCCUCAACUUCCUGCUGCCCACCAUCUUCAAGAGCUGCAGCACCUUCGAGCAGUGGUUCAACGCGCCCUUCGCCAUGACCGGCGAGAAGGUGGACCUCAACGAGGAGGAGACCAUCCUCAUCAUCCGCCGCCUGCACAAGGUGCUCCGGCCCUUCCUGCUGCGGCGCCUCAAGAAGGAGGUGGAGGCUCAGCUCCCCGAGAAGGUGGAGUACGUCAUCAAGUGCGACAUGUCGGCGCUGCAGCGCGUCCUGUACCGGCACAUGCAGGCCAAGGGCGUCCUGCUCACCGACGGCUCCGAGAAGGACAAGAAGGGCAAAGGAGGCACCAAGACCUUGAUGAACACCAUCAUGCAGCUGCGCAAGAUCUGCAACCACCCCUACAUGUUCCAGCACAUCGAGGAAUCCUUCUCAGAGCACUUGGGCUUCACGGGCGGGAUCGUGCAGGGGCUGGAUUUGUACCGAGCUUCUGGGAAAUUCGAGCUCCUGGAUCGGAUCCUGCCCAAACUCAGGGCCACCAACCACAAGGUGCUGCUCUUCUGCCAGAUGACCUCCUUGAUGACCAUCAUGGAGGAUUAUUUCGCUUAUCGUGGCUUCAAAUACCUCAGGCUGGACGGCACCACCAAGGCCGAGGACCGGGGCAUGCUGCUGAAGACGUUCAACGAGCCCGGCUCCGAGUAUUUCAUCUUCCUGCUGAGCACGCGCGCCGGCGGCCUCGGCCUCAACCUGCAGUCGGCCGACACCGUCAUCAUCUUCGACAGCGACUGGAACCCCCACCAGGACCUGCAGGCGCAGGACCGCGCUCACCGCAUCGGGCAGCAGAACGAGGUGCGCGUCCUGCGCCUCUGCACCGUCAACAGCGUGGAGGAGAAGAUCCUGGCGGCCGCCAAGUACAAACUGAACGUGGACCAGAAGGUGAUCCAGGCCGGGAUGUUCGACCAGAAAUCCUCCAGCCACGAGCGCAGGGCCUUCCUGCAGGCCAUCCUCGAGCACGAGGAGCAGGACGAGAGCAGACACUGCAGUGGCAGCUCCCUGUGCCCUGAGGCGGAGGAAACUCCUCUGAAGGAGGAAGAUGAGGUGCCCGACGACGAAACCGUGAACCAGAUGAUCGCCCGGCACGAGGAGGAGUUCGACCUCUUCAUGCGCAUGGACCUGGACCGGCGGCGGGAGGAGGCGCGGAACCCCAAGCGGAAGCCGCGGCUGAUGGAGGAGGACGAGCUGCCGUCGUGGAUCCUCAAGGACGACGCCGAGGUCGAGCGCCUGACGUGCGAGGAGGAGGAGGAGAAGAUGUUCGGCCGCGGCUCCCGGCACCGCAAGGAGGUCGACUACAGCGACUCGCUGACCGAGAAGCAGUGGCUCAAGGCCAUCGAGGAGGGCACCCUGGAGGAGAUCGAGGAGGAGGUCCGCCAGAAGAAGUCCUCUCGCAAGCGCAAGCGGGAGCCCGAGGGACCCCCGGGACCCCCGGCGGGCGCCCGGAGCCGCGACAAGGACGAGGAGAUCCGGAAGCAGAAGAAGCGCGGGCGACCCCCGGCCGAGAAGUUGUCCCCGAACCCGCCGCCCCUGACCCGCAAGAUGCGCAAGAUCGUGGACGCCGUCAUCAAGUACAAGGACAGCAGCAGCGGGCGCCAGCUCAGCGAGGUUUUCAUCCAGCUGCCGUCCCGCAAGGAGCUCCCCGAGUACUACGAGCUCAUCCGCAAGCCCGUGGACUUCAAGAAGAUCAAGGAACGGAUCCGGAACCACAAAUACCGGAGCCUCAACGACCUGGAGAAGGACGUGAUGCUGCUGUGCCAGAACGCCCAGACCUUCAACCUCGAGGGGUCUCUGAUCUACGAGGACUCGAUCGUGCUGCAGUCGGUGUUCACCAGCGUGCGGCAGAAGGUGGAGAAGGAGGAGGAGAGCGACGGCGAGGAGAGCGAGGAGGAGGAGGAGGCCGAGGAGGAAGGCUCCGAGUCCGAGGCGCGCUCGGUGAAGGUGAAGAUCCGCCUGGGCCGCAAGGAGAAGGUUCCGGAACGCGGCAAGGGCGGCCGGCGCCGGGGGGGGCGGGGGGGGCGCCCCAAACCCCUCCUGAGCGACGACGAGAGCGACGACGAGCAGGAGGAGGAUCGCUCUGGCAGCGGCACCGAGGACGACUGAACCCCGAACAUUCCACGGCUCCGGAACUCUGAGAAACCCCCCCAAAAAAAACCCCCAAAAAAACCCCAAAAUUCCCCUCCCCCCGUAGCUCCGACGGCAGCGACGCCACAAUUCCCAAAAAUCCUGAAAAUCCAAAAAAAAUCCCCCCAAAAAAACCCCAAAAAAUCCCCAAAAAAAUAAAAACCCCAAAAACCCCAAAGUCCGCGCCCGUAUUUAUACCCGGCUCAGCCCAGGUGGGCCUGGGUUGGUCCAGGCGGUGCCAGGUCCAGAUUGGCCCAGAUUUGGGUGGUCCUGGAUGCUCCUAAAUCCCCUUGGACCAUCCUAAAUCCAUCCUGAGUGAUCCCAAAUCCUCUUGGACCAUCCUAAAUCCGGCUUGGGUUGGCCUGGGUUGGUCUCAGAUGGUCCCAAGAUGUCCCAGGUCCAGAUUAGCCCAAAUUUAGGUGGUCCUGGAUGCUCCUAAAUCCUCUUGGAUGAUCCCAAAUCCUCUUAGACCAUCCUAAAUCCAUCCUGGGUUGGCCUGGAUUGGCCCGGGUCCAGAUUGGCCCAGAUUUGGGUGGUCCUGGAUGAUCCUAAAUCCCCUUGGACCAUCCUAAAUCCAUCCUGAGUGAUCCCAAAUCCUCUUGGAUGAUCCUAAAUCCAUCCUGGGCCAUCCUAAAUCCUCUUGGGUUGGUCCUAAAUCCAUCCUGGGUUGGCCUAGAUUGGCCUGGAUUGGUCCCAGGUGGUGCCAGGUCCAGAUUGGCCCAGAUUUGGGUGGUCCAGGAUGCUCCUAAAUCCCCUUGGAUGGUCCUAAAUCCAUCCUGGAUGCUCCUAAAUCCUCUUGGACCAUCCUAAAUCCAUCCUGAGUGAUCCCAAAUCCUCUUGGGUUGGUCCUAAAUCCAUCCUGGAUCAGCCCAGGUGGGCCUGGAUUGGCCCGGGUUGGUCCCAAAAGGUCCCAGGUCCAGAUUGGCCCAGAUUUGGGUGGUCCUGGAUGUUCCUAAAUCCCCUUGGAUGGUCCUAAAUCCAUCCUGAGUGAUCCCAAAUCCCCUUGGACCAUCCUAAAUCCAUCCUGGAUGCUCCCAAAUCCUCUUGGAUGCUCCCAAAUCCUCUUGGAUGCUCCUAAAUCCAUCCUGGGCCAUCCUAAAUCCUCUUGGAUCAUCCUAAAUCCUCUUGGACCAUCCCAAAUCCAUCCUGGGUGUUCCUAAAUCCCCUUUGGAUCACCCUAAAUCCCUCCUGGACCAUCCCAAAUCCAUUCUGGAUGGUCCUAAAUCCCCUUGGACCAUCCUGGACCAUCCCAAAUCCAUUCUGGAUGUUCCUAAAUCCCCUUGGACCAUCCCAAAUCCAUUCUGGGUGAUCCUAAAUCCCUUUGGACCAUCCCAAAUCCAUCCUGGACCAUCCCAAAUCCAUCCUGGACCAUUCUGGACCAUCCCAAAUCCAUCCUGGAUGAUCCCAAAUCCAUCGUGGACCAUCCUGGACCAUCCCAAAUCCAUUCUGGGUGAUCCUAAAUCCCUUUGGACCACCCUAAAUCUCCUUGGACCAUCCCAAAUUUAUCGUGGAUGUUCCUAAAUCCCCUUGGACCAUCCUGGACCAUCCCAAAUCCCUCCUGGACCAUCCCAAAUCCAUUCUGGAUGUUCCUAAAUCCCUUUGGACCAUCCUGGACCAUCCCAAAUCCAUCCUGGACCAUUCUGGACCAUUCCAAAUCCAUCCUGGAUGAUCCCAAAUCCAUCCUGGACCAUCCUGGACCAUCCCAAAUCCCCCCUGGGUGAUCCUAAAUCCCUUUGGAUCACCCUAAAUCCAUCCUGGACCAUCCCAAAUCCAUCCUGGACCAUCCUGGACCAUCCCAAAUCCCCCCUGGGUGAUCCUAAAUCCCUUUGGAUCACCCUAAAUCCAUCUUGGACCAUCCCAAAUCCCCCCUGGGUGUUCCCAGCCCCCCCCCCGGCCCAGCUCAGCCUUGGGCUGUCCCGGCCCCUCCCCCACCCCCGGCGCUGUCG